UUUUGUUUUUUUGUUUUUUUGUUUUUUGGGAGCUCUCUGGUUCUUUAUUUUUUAUGCCGUUUUACGCUACGAUACAACGAUUGAAACAUCGUCCUCUGUUGAGCUCUAUGUCCCAAAUUCAAAUUCGACUGUGUAGUUUUCCUAGACGACCUUCGAUUGAUUUCAAAUUGGGAUAGUCAAGAGUGAUAAUCGAAAAACUUGCUGUUGAUUUUGAUUCAUACAUUACAUACCAUACCAUAUGAUUAACUACAAGACCUACGCUUUUGAAGCUCAAUUCCACUUUUCACUUUUCACAAAUUAGCGUUUUUUUUUUUUUUAAAUUUUUAAAUUUUAAAUUUUAAAUUUUUUUAUCUGUCUGUCAAUGGACGUCGAUUUAUCUCGUUGGGUUCUCGAAUUUCUUCUCCGUCAAUCGAUCGACGAUCGUGUACUCAACGCUGUGCUUCAAGCCCUACCUCUUUCGAACGACGAUUCGAGUUUGAAUAAGGCAAUGCUUCUGCGAAGAAUCGAGUCAGAGAUCGCAACCGGCUCUGUUUCUGAGAAAGUCCUCGAAUUUUUGGAACGCAUUGAAGAGUUAGACCACGAAGAGGGAUUUACAACUUCGGAGGCGAUGAAGUCGGCGUAUUGCGCGGUGGCGGUGGAUUGCUCUGUGAGGUUUCUUGAGGAGAGUGAGGAGGACAAGGAGGGGAAGUAUUUCGAUGCCGUGAGGAGGAUAUGGAAGGGUAGGGUUUGGAAUAUGAAGAGAUUGGAUAAGGUUGGAUUGGUUUCGGAUGAAUUGCUGGGUUGGAAAGAUGAGAUUGAAGCAGCGGUUUGGGAUGCAAGUGUUUGUGAAAAUGUGCGAAUGAAGAAGCGAGGGAAUGCUGCGUUGGAGGCGGUUAGAUUGUAUGUUGUGGAAGCGUGGGAGAGUAUGGGCCCGUCGUUUCUUGAAUUGGUGGCUGGGACAGUGAGUGAUGAUGAUUCAAUGAGGGAAGUGAUUGGAUUGGGCAAUGAUCGAAUAUGUGAUCAAGUUGGAGAAAGAGGAGCUAGUUUGCUGGGUUCAUGUCCCGAUUCGAUUGUCCGUAAUGACAAUAAAGAAAUGCAGAGGGACGUUGUGCUGCGUAGGCGCAAACAAGUUGCUAAUAAACGAGGAGCGAUUGCUGGGACUUCUAGAGUAGUUAAGAUUACUGAUACAGAAGAAUUGGACACAAGGACAUCAUCUAAGAACUACGAUUGCCUACCUGCCCGUGAAAUUAAUAAAGUACAAGAAGCACUCAGAAUUAGCUCUUUGGAGCUACAGGCAGUGGUGAAAGACCCUCUUCCUGAUGCUUUACAUCUUGCUGAAAAUUUAAUAUCUAGCAUGGGUAGAGAAAAUAUGAAUCAGGAGACUUCAGCACGACAGAAUGGGUUAGAUUUAGAAGCGGCCAAUCCCUUUCUUGGCAAGAGUGCUGAAGCUGCUCCGGCCAACGAGGGUAAUCUUGACAGUCAAUGUUGCAGGAAUCAAAAUAAUGUGCCUAAACCCAGCUUAAUGGCACGGAAUAGUACUGCCCACACUUAUGAGUGGGAUGAUUCUGUUGACGACUUACCCGAAGAGUCAGGUGAUUCUCGGAGUAGACUUCACUUGUCUACCCCAAAGAGAAUGGUUGUUUCUCCCUUGAAGAAGCAUGAAAUUAAGAAAUUGGCAAGGAGGAGAAAAAUUAAGAGAUGGAGUACACUGGAAGAAGACACUUUGAGAACUGGCGUGCAGAAGUUUGGUAGAGGGAAUUGGAAGCUCAUCUUAAAUUCAUAUCGUGACAUAUUUGAAGAGAGAACCGAGGUUGAUUUGAAGGAUAAGUGGAGAAAUAUGAUACGGUACUGACUCUUAAAAAAAGAUGGUCUGCAGUUUGUAUUAUAGUUGAGGGUAACCUGAAGGGCAGUUCUUGCAUGUUGAUUGAUUCUACAUAGUUUCUACUCUACUUGAUGGGUCUUCGAAAAGGAAAAAGAAAAUAUUGAUUGCUUGAAUACAAUGUUGGUGCAUCAGAUUUCUUCUUCUUCUUCUGUUAUUAUUUAUUUAUAAUUUAUAAUUUAUUUUUUUGAACUUUAUACCAAAUGUGUUAUGUGAUGGACAGAUGAGAGUGUAAUGAUGUUACUAAUCGGUAUAAUAACAUGUCAAGAGCCUCAUUAUUUUGUUAGGAGACCUUUGAUAUGUUAGGGAAAAAUGUGUUACAAAUAGUAUUCUUUUA